UUUCUUGUUUAUAUGUUCAUCAGGGGGGCUGUCCAGGCAAUAUAUCCCCCCCCCCCAGUAUCUUAUAGGCAAAUUUCGACUUAUAGCUUGAAUUGUGGGUAUUAGCUUGGAAAGCUCCCCCCCCCCAAUCCAGUGACCAACCAAAUUUCCAAAAAUAUCUUUUAAAUAGAGGUGUCUCUAAUAUUGGGUGUCUCUUAUAGGGAGGUUCUGACUUAUUCUAAGUUGUAUUUUAAAUAGGGGGGGGGUAUUCCCUGGCAGCUCUCCUACCCAGUAGUAAACUAAAAAUUUAACAAGCGUCUCUUAAAUAGAGGGGUGCCUAAUAUCGAGGGUAUCGUAUAGAGAGGUUUCGAACUUGUAUUUUGUUCAUAAAAUUAAAAAAAAAUUUUUUCAAGAAAAAGCUAAAAUGUACAGCAAAUACGGCGAUUUUCACACAAUAGAUUGGCCUCGAGAUUUGGCUAGAGACCGUUUACGACACAAAUGCAUUCGUGCUUAUCGAAGAAAAGACUUUCCUUUUGGUUCAAUUUUAACAAUUUGGGAUGCUGGGAGCGGGUGGAUUUGUGUUUUGUUGGUUGGAAUGGCUGCUGGGGCAAUUGCUGGGGUUAUUGAUAUUGGGGCUAGAUGGAUGAGUGAUUUGAAGGAUGGAAUUUGUGCAGAUAGAUUUUGGUUGGAUAGAGAACAUUGCUGUUGGGCUGCGAAUGAUAGCGCUUUCAAGGACAACGACUGUCUUAAUUGGCGUUCAUGGCCUGAAGUUUUCCUUUCCAGUGAUCGCGGGCAUCGUGACUGGCUUUACCAUUCGCUAGAUUUUAUUUUCUUUGUCUCAUGGGCAGUUGCCCUCGCUGGAUUAGCUGUAACUUUGGUUAAAACAUUUGCCCCAUAUGCUUGUGGAUCUGGUAUACCAGAAAUUAAAUGUAUACUUUCUGGAUUUAUAAUACGUGGCUAUUUGGGCAAGUGGACGUUUAUAAUUAAAUCUGUCGGGUUAAUUUUGGCUUCUGCUUCAGCUCUCUGGUCUAUGUCCGCAAAGUUCAAGACAACAUAUAAAAAUUUGUCAGUCACAAAACCUUUAAAAAAAAAUUUUUCCAUAGGCCUAAGCCUUGGCAAAGAAGGUCCAAUGGUUCAUUUAGCCUGUUGUAUAGGCAAUAUAUUUUCCUACCUCUUCCCAAAAUAUGGAAGAAAUGAAGCCAAAAAACGUGAAAUAUUGAGUGCUUCUGCAGCUGCCGGUGUUUCUGUUGCUUUUGGUGCUCCAAUUGGUGGGGUUAUGUUUAGUCUUGAAGAAGCAAGUUAUUAUUUUCCUUUAAAAACUAUGUGGCGCUCCUUCUUUUGUGCUCUUGUUGCUGGAGUUGUUUUACGCUUUGUUAAUCCUUUUGGAAGUGAUCAGACUUCUCUAUUCCACGUUGACUAUUCUAUGCGUUGGACAUUUAUGGAAUUAAUUCCGUUUGCUGCAUUGGGUAUAUUUGGAGGUCUUCUUGGAAGCUUAUUUAUAUGGUCAAAUAUAAAAUGGUGUGCUUAUCGUAAAAAUACUCAAUGGUUAGGGCAAAAUCCGAUAUAUGAAGUUUUGGUUGUUUCAGCAGUAACUGGAGCUUUGUCUUUUUUUAAUCCGUAUACACGCAAAAGUGCUAGUUCUUUGAUUAAACAGCUUUUUGAUCGGUGCGGACCUGAGGAUUAUGGACAAAAUUUGUGUGAUUAUAAUAGAAAUUUUACUUUUGGACAAGUUGUGGAUAAAGUUGAUGAUAAUUAUCAUACAGGAGAUUUGGGGAGUGGAUUACAGACAGCAAUAUUUCAACUUGUUAUGGCUUUAUUUGCAAAAUUACUUUUUACAAUUUUUACUUUUGGUGUAAAAGUUCCUUCAGGAUUAUUUGUUCCAAGUUUGGCAAUGGGGGCAAUUGCUGGACGUCUUUUAGGAAUUAAAGUAGAAGGGUUAACUUAUGCUUUACAACAACAAUACCCAAAAAGUGAUUUGUGGAUGUGUAGAAUUGGAAGGGAUUGUGUUAUGCCUGGUUUGUAUGCAAUGGUUGGAGCUGCUGCUGUUCUUGGAGGAGUUACCAGAAUGACCGUCUCAUUAGUUGUUAUUAUGUUUGAAUUGACUGGCAGUUUAGAAUUUAUUGUACCAACAAUGGCAGCAGUAAUGUUUGCAAAAUGGGUUGGUGAUGCUAUUUAUAAAACGGGAAUAUAUGAUGCUCAUAUAGAAUUGAAUGGAUAUCCAUUUCUUGACAAUAAAGGAGAAUAUCCAUAUUCAACAGUUGCCGCCCAAGUAAUGCGUCCAAGUAAUGAAAUGCGUGUUAUUGAGCAAAAUGGAAUGUCUGUUGGAGAAUUAGAAACUGUUUUGAGAGAAUCUAAUUGUAAUGGUUUUCCUGUAGUUAAUGAUGGUAAUCAAAUGUUGGUUGUUGGAUUUUGUACAAGAAUGGAUCUUGGUCAAGUACUAAAAAAUGCACGUAAAACAAUGCCAUAUAUAACAACAAAUUCUCCUGUAUAUUUUACAACAACAUCGACAACAACAAAUUGUGAUACAAAUAAUAUAAAUAGUAGUAGAAAUAAUAUAAAUUCUCAACAACCAGAAACAUUUGAUAAUAUUAUUGUUGUCGACGAACAAAGAAGAAGAAGAAGGAGAAAAGAAGAAAAUAGAGUGGAAGAAGAAAAUUCUGAAAUAUCAGAACAAUUACCGGGGUCUCCAGCACCGUUGUAUAUAAAUCAUAUUAUGGAUGUGGUAAGAAUAAAUAAAUAA